UUAGGCACCAUUUGCCAUAACUAAAUAGUUACCUUGUACAUCAAGUGGGAAGAAUUUUUUAAUUGGUAGCCCACCGCGGUCGGCGGAGAGUUACUGCUCGGCUUCCGUUAAACCUUCUGUGCGUGUUGAAUGCAACAAAGUGUGACGUUUGAAGCUCCCGUGUCAUCAAACAGAUGUGGAUACACUGCUCGGGAGCUGCCCAGCUGAGGUGAAGGGGAGGGCAAAGGACCUCGGUUCAGCCUGAGCGUGGAUGACCUGCCCCCGGAAACAGGACCAUGAUCUGAAGAGGGCGCCGCCCACCGAACCCCGUUCUUCCUCUCCUCCUUCUCCCUGUCUUUUUCUUUUCUUUUUUUUUUUUCUUUUUUUAAAUUUACGGCGUGACAGCCCCCCCGCCCGGCUGCUUCCGACAGCGUCAGCGCGCACGGAGAGGACGAGCUGAGAGAGACCAGGCGUUUUACGGAGGAAGAAAUACAACAACAGCUGUCCGCGACCUCUGACCUCGCCACUCCCCCCUGCCCCUCCCACCGCGACACCGGAAACAUGGGGAGGAAAAAGAUUCAGAUUCAGAGGAUCACUGACGAACGCAACAGACAGGUGACGUUCACCAAGCGGAAGUUCGGUCUGAUGAAGAAGGCGUACGAGCUGAGCGUCCUGUGCGACUGCGAGAUCGCCCUCAUCAUCUUCAACCACUCCAACAAGCUGUUCCAGUACGCCAGCACCGACAUGGACAAGGUCCUGCUGAAGUACACCGAGUACAACGAGCCGCACGAGAGCCGGACCAACGCCGACAUCAUCGAGACGUUGCGAAAGAAAGGCUUUAACGGCUGCAACAGCCCCGAGCCGGACGGCGACGACUCCAUCGACCAAAGCCCGCUAAAUGAAGACAAGUACCGCAAGACCGAGGACCUGGACAGCCUCUUCAAACGCUACGGCGCUCUGAACAAGAAAGAGCACCGGGACUCUGAGAGCCCAGAACCCGAGGAGCCCUUCUCCCUCACCCCCCGCACUGAGGAGAAAUACAAAAAAAUUGACGAGGAGUUUGAUAAAAUGAUGCAGAACUAUAGGCUGUCAUCUACAGUCCCGCAGCCCACCUUCUCCAUGCCAGUCACCGUGCCAGUAUCCAAUCAGAACGCGGCGGCGGCGGCAGCCCUCCAGUUCAGCAACAACCCCGGCGGCGCCCUGGUCACCACCACCUCCUUUGUCACCUCCACCCUCACAGAUCCCCGCCUCCUGUCGCCACAGCAACCAGCUCUGCAGAGGAACACCGUGUCGCCAGGGUUACCACAGCGACCUGCGAGCGCAGGAGCUCUGUUGGGAGGAGAUCUGGGGAAUUCAAAUGGAGCGUGCCCAAGUCCAGUCCCUAAUGGCUACAUCAGUGCCAGGGCCUCCCCGGGCCUCCUCUCCGUAUCCAACGGCAACAGCCUGGGGAAAGUAGUCCUGGCUAAGUCUCCGCCUCCGCCCAGCCCUCAGAUGGUCAACAGCCGCAAGCCGGACCUGAGGGUCAUCACCUCGCAGAGCGGCAAGAGCCUCAUGCAGCUGAAUGCUCAGCGGCUAGGUGGGUCCCAGGUGGCGCAGCCGCUCACCACGCCGGUGGUCUCCGUGGCAACACCCAGUCUCCUAGCGCCCUUCUCCGGCAUGCAGACGGCCUACAACACUGAGUACCAGCUGACGAGUGCAGAUCUCACAGCGCUCCAGACGUUCACACCACCGGGGCUGGUGCCCGGCAACAUGGCUGCCUGGCAACAGCAACCAGCGGUCUCUCAGCAGCAACAGCAGCAGCAGCAGCAGCAGCAACAGCCACAGCAGCUGAGCUUGGCGUCGCUCAGUAACUUGGUGCCGGUGGGACAGAUACCUCAGGGCGCCGCGCUGACAGUCAACACCAACCCCAACGUCAACAUCAAGUCCGAACCGGUCUCACCAAACCGCGACCGCAGCACUCCCAGCUCCACCGGCGGCGGCGUUGCAGGUGGAGGAGGCCACGUUCAAGUCCAGGGACAAGGUCUGGUGGCGGUCGCCUACCCCGGCACCCUGCGCCUGGAAGCGGGAGGUCAAGGCCGCUCGCCGGUCGACAGCCUCAGCAGCAACGGCAGCUCGUACGAGGGCAGCGACCGGGACGACGGCGCCCAAGGACGAGGCGGGGGGCCGGACUUCCACCACCAGGCCGGCGCCGGGGCCCAGCAGCCCACCAUGGUCCUCCUGCGGCCCUCCUCGGCCGAGCCCCAGGAGCAGGACGGGACCAACGUCAAGAGGAUGAGACUGGAUACCUGGGUGACAUGAAGAGCGAGGCGGAGAGGGAUGGAUGGACGGACAGAUGGAGGAUGGAGAUGGAGAUGUGUACUUGUGGCUUGUGUACAUGCCCCCACCAGCCCUGAUGCCCCUGAUCUCCUUCCCCGUGCACACACACACACACACACACACACACACACAUAUAUACACCCGCCAUCCACACAGGAAAUGCUGACCUCACACACAUACACACACAACACAAGCAUGCUAACACACAUGUCUGGACACUGACGCGCACUCGCACGGCAACGUGCACACACAUCUGAACUGUAAUGUACUUUCACCCACACGGAGCCCCGACGGGUCGAGCCGCCGAACCAGGGAGUACGAGUCCAAACGUCACGACGCUGGACUUCAUUCAGCCGUAUUUCAAUAGAAGUGAACGAGUAGGUGUUCAAUCAGGCCGCAGUGGCGAGUAAAUUCCGCCACUUGGACUUUCACGCCCGACAUGUCGACAGCCGCUGGCAGAGCGGACGAGCGUGGUUUCCCAGCAUGCCCUGCGCUGGCUCCGCGGCGCUCUCAUGUCCUUCCUGUUUAUCAGUCGGUUUUGGUCAAACACGCCCGCGCUGCUGUGAGUCAGCGCCACCACGUGAGUCCGUGUCUUUGUACGCCUCGGCCCGGGCGCCGUUGUGUCGCUGUCGCUCUUGAUUCUCGCUUCUUCUCUCGGAGCCCGGGCCGUUUCUCUCUUUUUCAAAGCGUGGAGUCGAGCGUCUGCCUCGACCGUCGACCUUUAGAGUUUGGAUUCGUCUCAGUUUUGAAUAUGAAGACACUAAAAGAAAAUCCCGCCUCCCUCCCCGGCCGGCGCCGCCGCGUCGACGGGCCCCGGGUCCGAACUCAACCUGUACCACGCGGACUAGCUGCCAGACGAGGAACGUGACUUGUUCGCCGAGGUCAAAGACUGCUUUUCUUUGAAUCAGGGACGAGCUGCAACAGCUCAACGACACAUGACGCAGAUUCUCCUAAUCUCGCCCGCAUCUCGUCAACCACGGAUGUUGAGAAAGUGUGUGUGUGUGUGUUUGAUGUGUGUGUGUGUGUGUGUGUGUGUGUGUGUGUGUGUGUGUAUACGGGUUUGUUACCUCAACUGGUCGUUUUUUAACAAAGUGAUUUGGGCAAAUGUUCGUUCUGAAUUUCAUCGCUGAACACACACCUGCAAUGCACACAGCUGAGAUUAUUUUUGUGAAGCGACUCGUGUUUUGAAUAGAUAGCUGGUGUUGAGGGGGGGGGGGGGGUCGUGAGGUACCAUGUAUAUAAGCAAUCUGUAACCUAUGUGGCUUUGUGUGACAGGGGUAAGGUGUUCUGAAGGUUUAAAAAUAGAUCGUAUACUAGUAUAUAUUUAACGGCUUCAGGCGGCAGUGAGGGCAGCCCUGCGCCCGGGGCAGGGGGCUACGACAGACGACAGGGAUUGUAUAUAUUAACUAUAUAUUCGGCAGGAUAUCCCUUAACGAGACAACAAAAAAAGAAGAAGCAAACAUUGAUUCUCAGUGGAUCGGUCUCUUUUUUUAUUAUUAUUUAUGCGUGUAUAUAACGUGUAAUAUGUCGACGAGCCAAGAGAGGGAGCUGCAGAGGCAGAAAGGGAAGACGUAGCCGUGGUGACUCAGACUGUUUCGAGUGAGCGAGGGUUCGGACUCUGUCACUGAUGGAGCGCACUUUACCUGAAACCCCACCCCCUUAACACACCUGCCCCAUGCACACGCACACACACACACACACACACACACACACACGAGGGUUAGACCGACACUGGCUGGUUUAUUCACAUUCAGCAGAUACAUGUGUGCACUUUUUAUUUAAUCCUACAAAUUCUGUUUUGUUGGACUUUAAUUUAAAUAAUUUAUUGCCAUUCAUUCUCCCUUAAACCUUUGUUGCGGCGCGCUGGCUGCCAGUUCAAAGUUAAUUAAUUAGAUUAAAUUGUGUGAGACGGGAAGAGAAAUUAGCAAAUGAAACAAAAAGUACAAUUUAAAAGCCUUUCUAAAAGCUUGUAAAUGUAUUUAAAACUACAUUAAAAUAUUUAUCUUAAAAAAGGGAUUAAUUGAAAUUUAAAAGGCUUCUUUAAAAAGUUAUUUACAUUUUUAUUUUGAUUUUAUUUAAGAAAUAUGAAUAAUGACAGAAAUAAUUUGCAUAUUAAUGAUCAUUUUAUUGUUUUGUUUUCACUCAAAGUUUAUGAGCACCACUUGUCAACUCAAUCGUUCAUCAUAGUUAUUUGAAAUAUCAAUUAAGUUACUAAUUAACCACUAAAACAUGAGUGGUUUCAUUCUUUCCAGCAGCAGCAGCAGCUGAUCGCAGCCUGAGCUGCUGAAAACUUCCUGCGUCAAACCGUCCCAUGAAUCUAAAUCACCCCAAAGAUAUCAUCAAUACUUAUUCUGAAGUAGUCUUUUGGCACAUCGAAGCCAGCAUCCUCAUCACAGCAUAUCAGCUGGGGGGGCCCGCUUCCUGUUUGUGUCGCAGGCAGGUUCAGGUUCGCCUCCUCCUCCUGUUAAAAGCCAUGUUUGCAUGUGAAAGGCGCUCUCCUUCACCUUUUCCACCCCGGGGAGGGAGGAAGACUACGAAGGCGGAGAUGUGAAGGAUGUCGUUUCUGUGCUCUGUGACAGUGGCAGAGGGUGAUUUCGGGUGCGGUGGGGGGAUUUUAGAGUGGUGGUGCUCUCAGCGUCCGUCCGGUCGCUCGUUAAAAGCUUCGGGGGCAGUUUAAGCCGGAGUCUGAUCUUUUAAUGACUACCUCCUAAAUCCAGCGCAGACUCGUCGACAUGCAGCCACCACAUCCUCCUCGUGGGCGGGCCCCCGUCACCUGCCUCUCACCCCGUCACUCACUCCCCCCUCCCAACCCAACCACACACACAUUUCAUCACACACACGCUUUUCUGUUUACUCCGUCCAGACAGCGAGCGUCAGAGCUGAAAUGACACCAAAUAAGAUUAUUUGGGGGUCAGCUCCACAGGUGACACAACCCCCGCCCCCCCCGACCUCAUCGCACAUGACUCCCAUCGCCCCCCCCCCCCCUCGCGUCAUCUCGCGUUGUUUUUUUUCUCCUCUCUCUUCCACAAGUCUGAGAGUCAGUGUUUCUUUUCUGAGCGAGCGUCACCCCCCUGAGUGUGAACACUUUGACUGUUCAGACUGUUGCACCCCGAGCCUCGAACAAAAAAACAGCCUCGACGCCCCCCCCUCCACCCCCGACCCCCCCUCCUCUGCGGCGGGACUCUCCAGUCGUACGAACGCAGUGUCGAGCUGUAAUCACAAAUAGAAAGACAAUCGAGCUGGGAGAUAGUUUAAAGAACCUGCGCCCCCCCCCCCCCCCCCCCCCCGACCUGAAAAAAGCGAUUUUGCUCCUGUAUAAUGAUGUUUAGAAGUCUCACUCACUUUCCAGUGUUACUUUGUGCUGGUGACAGUCUGUUUUUAACUGUUCUCUGACAAUUGAUGUUAUUAUUAUUAUGAUGACGGGAGCCGCCAUGAUGAUAGAAGUCUGCGUUGUUUUUUUUGUUUUUUGUUUUUUUGUGUAGGUUAGGCAUCUUGUUUUAUUUGGAAUUUUAUUUUAUUUUACGAUAUAAAAAUAUUCUAUAAAUAUAUUUUUUGUUUUUCUCUUUUUGGGAUUUGUUUUCUUUUUUCUUCAAAAAGGGUGUUACUAAUGUUGCACGAUUUUUCUGACACGAAGCAAACGACGCGAGGGUCGUGAUGUUAGCGCACGUGUGGCUGCGGACGGAGGCGACCGCGACGAACUGCUUCAAUGCUGCGACUUUGAGUCCAAUGGACAAACCUCUCAGUCCACACGCGCUGACAUGCGGGGGGGAGGGGGGGCGGCGUGACACGUCUAACUUAUUUCUGACCAGACACAAUGAUGUCAAUGCAUGUGGGCGUUUAAAACAAGCAACGAGUGAAUCAUGUUAUAGGAAAUAAAAUGUAAUAUCGACACAAAUAUACAUCACACAGAAAUACAUUUAAGAAAAAAAACAUUGAAGAAAAAAGUUUAAAAUAAAUUAUAGCUAAUAUAUUGUGUUCGGCUAGUCUGCUUUUUUGUUGUAAAGAUAAUUUUUUGUUGUUUUUGGAGAAUGAUAUACAAUUUGUGUAUAUUUUCAUAAAUAAAGUAUGCACUGAUAUGUUAUUACAAAUUCUAUACUGCUUUUACAAAAAAAGUGUUUGUUAUUGUACCAAAGUAUCCAUUGGUCCCCUCUUACCCUCCUCCCCUUUUUGCGUAUGUUUUACCGUAUUUUAUAUAUUAAAUAGACAAGUUGACCUA